UUUGUUCUCUCCAGCAGGAGGAGGGCGUUCCGCUCAACACCACACGCAUCCAGUGGCUGUUACAUUUCUGCGUGUGAGUGCGCUGGUCCAUAUGUAGGUGCAGCCGCAGCUUUAGGUUUUCUCCGAGUUCAUCCAGGGACCGGGCCUGUCCUUGAUGUUAGCCCGCCUGGCGGCUGCUCUGCCGGGGAAGAGGCGACAGAGGAGGCCGGGCAGGAAGACAUGGAGGCUGGCCGUCCUUGCAGAGGGACUGGGCUGUAGGACGUGCUGAUUUCUUCAGUGGAGGGGUUGGCUCUCAUAGUAUGGACCCCGCCCACAUCAGAGGGGAUAUGUCACCUUUGUAUGUGCCCAGGAAAAGGAAACCUGUCCAAACACAAGCCAGAAGUCCACCUCCAUGUCCAGCUGUUCAAAGGUUUCCUGACAGACAAGGUGAACUGAAUACGUUUGAAAAUCCACAGGAUGAAGACACUCAAGAUCAAAAAGAUGUAAAGAUGAAAAGAACUUGCAGCAAAAAAAGGUAUGAGGACCUCCAGAAUGUUUCCUUGGGAUCAGUGGAUUAUCCGACCACCAGCUGCUCUGUGAUGUCAUCAGGUGGCCCGGCCAACGGCUCGGGUGAAGGGUCCGUAAACAUGCCUCCAAGAGAGAUGGGGAAGGACGUUUGGCCUGAAGGAUCGGAGGCGAGCCGGGAGCCGCCACAGCCUGAGGAACAGACCUGGAUCUCCAGCAGGGAGCGAGGCCCUGAAGCCUGGACUCCACGCAGGGAAGAACCCCAAACAUGGAUUCCUGACAGAGAUAGAGGCCAUCCCGGACCGGAUCAGGCUUGGAUCACGAGCCAGGAGCAAGGUCCUGAGUGUGGAUGGGGGGCGGGGAGAAACCAAAGCCAGGAUCAGGCCUGGAACGGUGGAAGGGAUCCAGGAACAGACGGAUCCUCCGCCGGACCAGAGCAAAGGUGGAGAAACGGCCGAAGCCAGGAUGAGCAAGUCUGGCUCGAUUCCUGUUUGAGCGACUCAAACAGGGAACGAGGAAACAUCUGGAGACCCGACAUGAACAUGAAGAAGGUCCAGAGAGAAGUGGAUCCAAGCCCUGUUGUAAAUAACUUCCUUCCACCACCAGAGGGCAGCAUGUCCUGUAGGUCUCCGUCCUGUCCAACAGAUGCAGUCAGUGUUGGUAGGAGCUCAACUGUCCAAAUGAAUGAAGAUCAGAAACCCAUCAUUCUUCCAAUCAAGAAGGAACCUCCAACCUACCCUCCAGGAAGUCAAGAGGAGCGCUGGCAGCUCCAGAUUGUGGCCAAAGGGAGAGUGACGUGUCCCAAAUGUAAAAGUGUGAGCAGAAAAACUGUGGAGGGGCUGAAGAAACACAUGGAGAACUGCAGACUGCAACCUUUCACUUGUCAGCACUGCGGGAAGCAGCUUAAAUCCUCCACAGGGAUGAAGUAUCACAUCAUGGCUGACCACAGCAACCUGCCAUCAGCUGAUGACACCAAGGGCCUUGACGACCGCGCCAUCAAAGACAAACUGCGUAAAAUCCUGAAGAGACUGGGCAAACUGAAAUGCUCGAAAGAAGGCUGCACUGCUGCCUUCACCAGCAUCAUGGGAUAUGUGUACCACAUGAAGAAGUGUGGGAAGGAAGAGUCUGAGCUGGAGAAGUUGCUGCUGAAUUGCUCCCACUGUGGGAAAGCGUAUAAAUCCAAGGCUGGUCUGGAGUACCACCUGAAAUCAGAGCAUGCUCCUACGCCCCAGAAGCCUGAAGAGGACGAGGCCCUGAAGGCCCAGAUGGAGGCUAACCCAGAGCGGACGCCCAGCGGCAGAGUGCAGCGCGCCUCUGCACAGGUGGCCAACUUCCACCUGGCUGAGAUCGCCAACAAUGAGCUGCCGAAGGACUGGCCCAAGAGGAAGUUUCAGUCAGACCUUGUGCCUGACGAUAAGAAGCUGAAAUACGCCCGACCAGGCCUGCCGGCGUUCAGCCAAGAGGUGCUGAGGAAGUGGAAGAAUGAGGUGAAGCUGCAGAGGAAAGUUCACUGUCCUAACCAGGGUUGUGACUGCACAUACACCAGUGUGUCUGGGCUGAAAGCUCACCUGGGAUUGUGCACAAAGGGUGAAUUUGAGGCUGGAAAAUACAGAUGUUUGAUCUGCAACAAGGAGUUUAAUUCUGAAAGUGGAGUGAAAUAUCACAUAAACUCAGUCCACUCACAGGACUGGUUUGUAACAAACAAAAAAGCCUCCAAGAAGUUUGAGAAGUUCCUCAAGAACCAACCAAAAGAGUCAGUCCAUGCAAACAAGCAAACUUUUGACCAGUACCACUACCACCACCUGCACCAGCAGCAGCAUCACCAUUAUCAUCAUCAUCACCACCAGCAGCAGCCCCUGCAGCAUCCACUGCAGCCUCUGCAUCACCUGCAGCACCAAACCCAGUUCCUCCACCCGGAGCAGCAGAACCUCCACUCACAGGAUGAGCCAGAGCUCCACUACACUUCCCUCGAACCUCCAGCCGGACCAGUGUGGCUGGACAUGGACCGCAAGGAAGCCGUGCUGGGACCGGAACACAUCGACAUGCACAUGGUGGACGCAAUCAAAUCAGAGGAGAACAGCGAUGAGAUAAUGGAGGUCAAAGGGAGGAUUAAGGGAGAAACCGGGAUGGUGGACGGGAAACAGACGGACUGCUUCGGUUUCGGCAACAGUGAGGUGGAAGCCGGGCUUCAUGGCACGCAGCGCCAGAUCGUCCAGUGGAACCUGAAACGGCCUGACAUCCUGGAGCCACAUGCUGACGCUGCAAAAUGAUGGAGAAAUGCCUGAUAGGAUCCUGCAUCAGCUGCUAAAAUAAAUGAUGCAACAGACGGCCUGUCCUACAAAAGAUGAGACGACAACAGGAAGUGUACGACAAAUAAAACUUUGAGCUGAUGAAGGACGUACAGCAUGAAGUUGUGGACUUAACACUAAAUGUAGUCACAUUUAUCUGGGCGUUUUCACCAGUUUUUACUUCUUUCUAAUUCUUUUAAAACCUUCCUGUCUUUGUUGUUAACCAUUGAUGGUAAAGUUAGGAUGUCAGCAUAUUUUAUUUGAGAACUGUUUGUUUUGUUCUCUCUGACAACACUUUGUGCCUCCUAAGUUUGAUCUGUCUAACCUCAUUUUGUUUCAUUUACAUCUGUGGCUUCAUCAGAUGAAUGACAGAAGAAAUAUCAAACUAGCACCAACUCAGUAACUUCUAAAAAUCAAAUGCCUUUCUCUUAUGUGUAAAAUAGACUUUUCCAACUUUUUCAUCCCCAACAAAUGUGUUAUACUUCUGUUUAUGUGGAUCUUAAUAACAAAAAACACGUUAAGUUUUAGUCUUCAAUAUUUUCAGUGUCAAAAGCACAAAAAUAAAUAUUAUUGGUUUCCUCUACUCAAACUGACCCUAAUAUUAGAUUAAGCCUACAGCUACAUAAAGUCCACACACAGUAGAAAAUCUGUUAUUUUAAACACAAAAACGUUUAGACUGCAUGAAUACAUUUUGUCAACUGAUGAAGGGAAAAAAUAAUUUAAAAUGUCCUGUUUGCAGAUUUGUUAUUGUCUCCUAAUGUAUUUCUGAUAUUGAUAGAUUAGAUUAAUGUCCAUGUUCUCUGCGAUUUACCUCCACUGUUGUUUGACACGUUUAUUUCAGUUAUUUCUGGCUCUAAUGUUUAACAGAUUUUUUUUUUUUAGCUGAUGAAAUGUUAAUGUAUUUUCUUCUUGUUUUCUGCCUUUUGCACAUUUCUUUUCAAACCAAACUAAAGAAUCAAGUCUUGAAUGAAUUUGUUUGAAGAGUUUCCCACUGAGCAUUUUAAAUGUGGGAGGUGUUGCUUGUUUCAAAAAGACAAACCUAUCAUUUUGACUUACAUAUAACACAUUCUCUGCCAAAAGUUAACUUUCAUUUUCAGUGACUUUCUGAAUUUUCAUUUCACAGAUUGAAUUUCUAAUCUUGAAAACUCACAUUUUGAAAGACGUGGACCAGGGCCGACUCUAGGAUCUGAGCUGUAGGGGUGCUUCGCCCCCCGCAGGGCUAACACCCAUGAGAAGAUAUAAAAUGUUGGUGCAUUUUCUAAAUCUAGCUGCUUAUUUCCAUACAUUCACAAACAAAAUUAAGAGACAUGUCAGUAAUUAAUGGAAUAAAAGAACAAUGUUCAUUUUAUUCAAACAUAUACUUAUAAAGAGCAAAAUCAGAGAAACUUAAUUUUUUCCAGCGGUGUAUAUACUCGGUUUGAAACAAUCUCAAGACUAUAUCAUGCCUGCCAACAUCUGCUAACAUUAAUGAGACCCAUGCAGAUGUGGAGUGACACAGUCCUAGUGGGGUCUGCUCCCCUGGAAAUUAAAAUAAAAAUUUAUUCAAAACUAAGCAUUUCCAGUCAUUUGAAGAACAUUUUUCUACAACCAGUUUAUUAUGAAUGUAGAAGUUCAGGUAAAUGACUCAUGAAAACUAGUCAUUAAGCUGAACUUUAUUUGAAAAUCAUACUUAGAAAUUGCAUUACUCUUAUUUGUAUCUGAAUUUUAUGUGGCUGUCAGCCUUUUUCUUUAAAUAAGAAUGUUUGUCCAUCUAUGGAAAAGUGAACAUUGUGAGUCAGGGUUUUACUAUCAUCCUUCAGAACCAAAUACCUUUCUAUUCACAGAAACAGCCUAACAUUAUUUAGUUUCACCUUAUUUAAGUGACUCCAGAGAGGUUUGAGUAAUUAAUUACAAAAUAGUCACUAAUCAAACUUUUAAAAGAGCAAUAAGAACCAGA